AUGACAAUCCAAAAAACAGAAGAAAUCAUUUUUAGGUCUAAGCUUCCAGAUAUCCACAUUCCCAAAAACCUUCCUCUUCAUUCAUAUUGCUUCGAAAAUCUACCAAAAUAUGGAUCACAUCCAUGUCUCAUCAAUGCACCAACCGGCGAAAUCUACACGUACCACGACGUCGAGCUAUCCGCUCGACGAGUUGCGUCCGGUCUCAAAAAACUCGAGAUCGGACAAGGCGAUGUUAUCAUGGUUCUUCUCCCAAAUUGUCCCGAAUUCGUGUUUUCCUUCCUAGGCGCUUCUAUUCGCGGCGCUAUAAUGACCGCCGCGAAUCCUUUCUUUAUGGCUGCUGAGAUUGCUAAACAAGCAAAAGCUUCUAAUACUAAGUUGAUUGUAACACAAGGUUGUUACUAUGAGAAAGUUAAGGAUUUGGAAAAUGUGAAGCUUGUUUUUGUGGAUUCUUUACCAGAAGGAGAAAAUCAUAUGCAUUUCAGUGAAUUGGUUCAGGCUCAUGAGAAUGAAAUUGAUGAGAAAUUUCAACAGGUAGAAGUGAACAUCAACCCUGAUGAUGUGGUUGCUUUGCCAUAUUCUUCUGGAACAACAGGGUUACCUAAAGGUGUUAUGCUAACACACAAAGGAUUAGUGACAAGCAUAGCACAACAAGUUGAUGGUGAAAAUCCAAAUCUAUAUUACCACAGUGAAGAUGUGAUACUCUGUGUUCUUCCCAUGUUUCAUAUCUACUCACUCAACUCUGUUUUGCUUUGUGGUUUGAGAGCCAAAGCUUCCAUUCUCUUAAUGCCAAAGUUUGAUAUUCAUGCAUUUUUGGAACUUGUUCAUAAAUACAAAGUUACCAUUGCUCCUGUUGUGCCACCAAUUGUUUUGGCUAUUUCUAAGUCACCUGAACUUGAUAGCUAUGACCUUUCAUCCAUUAGGGUUUUGAAAUCUGGUGGGGCACCUCUUGGUAAAGAACUUGAGGAUACUGUCAGGGCCAAAUUUCCUAAAGCCAAACUUGGACAGGGAUAUGGAAUGACUGAGGCUGGACCUGUGCUAACAAUGUGUUUAUCAUUUGCAAAAGAGGCAAUUGAUGUUAAACCAGGUGCAUGUGGAACCGUUGUUAGAAAUGCCGAGAUGAAGAUUGUCAAUCUAGAAAACGAUUCUUCCUUGCCUCGUAAUCAACCCGGUGAAAUUUGCAUCAGAGGUGACCAAAUCAUGAAAGGUUAUCUAAACGAUCCAGAAGCAACAUUGAGAACAAUUGACAAAGAAGGUUUUCAAGUUGCUCCAGCUGAACUUGAAGCUAUUAUUCUCUCUCAUCCUCAAAUCUCUGAUGUUGCUGUCGUCCCAAUGCAAGAUGAAGCCGCUGGUGAGGUUCCAGUUGCAUAUGUGGUUAGAUCGAACAGUGAUAUCGACACAACUGAGGAUGAACUUAAAAAAUUCGUUGCUAAACAGGUGGUGUUUUACAAAAGAAUAAAUCGAGUAUUCUUUAUUGAUGCUAUUCCCAAGUCACCUUCUGGCAAAAUAUUACGAAAGGAUUUAAGGGCUAGGCUUGCAGCAGGGUUUGCAAAUUGA